AUGCCUUACUACGUUGUCGGACGAGAUUGGCCCGAUAGGUUUUACCCCACCAACGCCAAAUGGCCAGAACCCAACCAGUGGAGCUACUUGCCGGAGGACCGCACAAAGGGUUUCCAUGCAUCAAUAGAAGAAGUAAAGCGUGCCGUCGAUUUGGAAAAGCAGGAGGCUGCCCGUCGUGAGUCGCGGAAGCUGAAGAAGCAUCUCUUCGCUGCCAUCGUGCGGCGCCACACAAGCUACGGUGCCACACCUCUGGGCCUUGCAUCAGCGGUUGGAGAUGAAGCCAUCGUGGCAUUUCUGUUGGACGAGGGUUGCAGCGUUACGGAGGGGGAUCGUGUGGGAGCUACUCCCCUCAUGGCGGCUGCAGCCCGGGGUCACACACAUAUAUGCCAGCAGCUCCUGAACAGCAAGCAGGGGGGCAACCACGGUCGGGCCUACCUGCUACGUCAGCGCACCCGGGUGGCGGGGGAGGUGGCGGUGCACGCGGCGGCCAAGGGCGGCCAUCUGGAUACGCUGAGGGCGCUGCUGGAGGCGGCUACAGCCGCCGGGGCUACAGCCGCCGGGGCUACAGCCGCUGACGGCGGUCCUGACGCCGGGGCUACAGCCGCCGGGGCUACAGCCGCCGGGGCUACAGCCGCCGGGGCUACAGAUGCCGGGGCUACAGCUGCAGGGGCUACAGCUGCUGACGGCGGUCCUGACGCCGGGGUGGGGGCUCUGGAUCGCGAGGGCCGGGACUGCUUCAUGAUGGCGGCCGCGAAUGACCGACCCAACGUCAUGUCGUACCUGCUCCAGAACCAUGGCGUCUCCGCAGCCAGGGCUGAUAGCCUAGGCCGUACGGCACUAAUGCAUGCCGCAGCAGCAGGUGCCGUACAAGCCGUACAGCUAUUAUUAUCGUUGCAGCCUUCCCUGGAGUUGACCCAGACGGACCAUCAGGGUUACGGCCCGCUGCAUCACGCGUGUCUGGGGGGAAGCCUGGAAGUGGUGGAGGCCCUGUCGCAGCGCGGUGUGGCACUGGCGGCCCGGGACCCGGCCUCUCUGGUGCUGCUGCGGCUGUCGUGCAGGUCGGGACAUGGGGCCCUGGUGGACUGGAUGCUUGGUGUGGCGUCGUGGGGUCUUUUGGAGCUGGUGGCAGACGGCGGCGACAACCCCGUCUUCGCUGCCGUACGCGGUGGCAGCAUCCCAGUAUUGGAUGUACUGCUCAAGUACGGCGCACGAAUCGAAUGCCGUGAUCACCGGCGCUUGCGGGUAUGGCCCGGAUGCGACUUCUUGCAGCGGACGAUGCCAUCGACGAGGAAAUGUACAGGGAACUCGAUGAAGAGGCGAUGCGGCGCGAUGAAGAGGAAGCUGCAGCGUGAAUGA